AGCACCUGCACAUUAUGUGGGACCCCGGACAACCGAGAACUGUUCCAAACUUACAUGGUGGUUUCGGACAAUGGUCCUCUCAGUGCAGAUCUCGGAGGAUUCGAGAUCAGUGUCCACAGGUGUUACACUCCAAGUUGAUAUUUGCUAUCCGAGACCGGAGCUGAAUUCCAAGAAACUGGCGAUCCUGUUGCAUCCCUGGUCGUGGCUUGGGGGCAACAUGCAUGAACCGACUCUGAAGGUGCUCACUAGAUUAUUGCAAGACAAGAACUACUACGUAAUACGGUAUAAUUCGCGAGGUGUCGGCAAGUCCAGUGGAUGGCCUUCCCUCACAGGCAAAGCGGAAGGCGAGGAUCUCAAGGCUCUUGUGCAAGAUUUCUUGGCAACGAAACCCGAAAUUGAUUCUUUGACGGUUAUUGGAUAUUCUUAUGGCUCUUUGAUAGCCUCGCUCCAUCCCGUUUUGAACCCCAAAGUGAAAACAUCACACAUACUGCUAUCCUAUCCCAUCAGCCCAAGAGGAUUACUGACCAUGUUCCACACCGGCAUGUACAGUUUGGCAUUACGUGACAUCUUAUGCAAUCCUGACGCCAGACUACUUCUCAUAUACGGAGACAAGGACGAGUUCACGAGCAAGUCCAAAUAUAAUGAGUGGGUUGAUACACUAGGGCAAACAGAUGGUUUGAAGGCUAAGUUUGAUGUUGUUCCGGUGAUGGAUGCAAGUCACUUUUGGCAAAGUGACGGCGCUAGAACUGCGUUACAGCAGGCUAUUGACAACUGGAUAUCAUCAUGAUACGCUAUUAUGUCAAUCGCUACCUCCAUAUAUUUUGUCCUGUACCAUAUUACUGCUUAGCUGUGUCUUGUCGUCCUUGUUUCCGUUGUUUGCCCAGCAACAUAUUUGGUGCUACCAAAAUCGGAUUAAGUCACUCAUCAA